CACACAAAUGUCUAGCUGUAUUUAGCUCAACAGCCAGCUUGGAAGAUUGUUUGGCGUGCUUGCAGAUUUCGUCGUAGUUGUUUUGUCCCACAUUUCCUGCUAAAAUGCCGAUAAGAGACCCGGCUAAAGAGCUUGGCGCAUACCGGGACCAACAUUACAAGGGGAGCCGUACUGACCAGGAGCGACGUCUGUUGGAGAGCACCACCCUGUACGUGGGGAACCUGUCCUUCUACACCACGGAGGAGCAGAUCUACGAACUCUUCGGCAAAUGUGGCGACAUCAAACGCAUCAUCAUGGGGCUGGACAAGAUGCAGAGGACUCCCUGCGGAUUCUGCUUCGUGGAAUACUACACCAGAGGUGAUGCGGAGAACUGUAUGCGGUACACCACAGGCACCCGGCUGGACGACAGGAUCAUCCGCUGUGACUGGGACGCAGGCUUUAAGGAGGGUAGACAGUAUGGCAGGGGCAAGAGUGGUGGACAGGUGAGAGAUGAGUACAGGAAGGACUAUGACCCAGGCCGUGGUGGGUACGGUAAAAUCACAGCCAAACAGUACAACCCCCUGGGUCCCAUGCUCAUGUCUAAAGGCCCAGGACCCAGUGGACCCAGGUCAUGAUGAACCGUGUGAGAAGACUGGAAGUUUUGCUAGAUAUCAUGUCAUGUCUGUCAGGGUUAAGCAGUAUUUACAGUGACUUUGUUACAAAUACUUUGGAUUUUUUUCACAAGUAACAAGGUUCUCGCCAGAACUGUUAAGCAUAGGGAGGUCACUAUUUUGUGAUUUGUAUCCCUUGAUUUUGUCGUAGGGGGAUAUUUCUGUUGUUUAAUUUGUAACAAAAGUUUCAACGAAAUUUGGCUUUGUAUUCAGUUUGCUCCUCAAAAUGCAGGAAAUUCUAUUACUGAGUGUUAGAACUUUUAAAAAUUUCAGGGGGAGGAAUAAAGGAUGCCCUACAUUGCUCAUGCCUGUGCCACUUAUAUGCUGUGCUAAGAUGCCCCCCUCCCCCAUGCUAGUAAAAAGUCAUGUUAAGAA